AUGAUUACUCACAGGAUUACCAUGGCGCGGAUGCACUUUGGAUUCAAUUUCCUGCUCCUUAUUGCCGCAACUUCCAUUAACGGGAACCAGCCGAAAACGGUGCCGACGGUGGGCACGCUGACGCUGAUGCCGGAGGAGGAGAUGGCCCACUUCGUGAACAAGUCGCGCAUGGUCAGCUGCAGCUUCACGGACCCGGAAGUGAAGCUCAAGUGGCGGAAUCCGAAAAAUGUGCUCAUUAGCGAGACGAAGGGCCGGGUGCACAUCGAGGAGAAGGGCAGCACGCUGUCGCUGGUGUUCGAGGUGAUCGCCCGCUCGGACGAGGGCAGCUGGACGUGCGAGGUGGACGCGGAGGGGGUGCCCGGGGUCGCGGUGCCGCUGAGGAAAUCCUUUAAAAUGAUCGUUUAUGAACCGAUCUCCUUCCGGGACACCAAAACGGUGCAAACGGCCGUGGAAGAUAAGGACGCCACCAUCCGCUGCGAGGUGAAAGGACAUCCGGAACCGUCCGUAUCCUGGAACUUCAACGGGCAGCCUCUGUUCUUCACCAACAACGGACGCUACACCAAGCUGGCCGACGGCAUGUCCAUCAGGAAGGUCGUGCAGAGCGACAGCGGCGAGUAUACGUGCAAGGCGUUCCAAGUGGCGGCCACCGGAAGCAGCUUCGAGGAGAAGACGAUCCGACUCAACAUCAAACAUAAACCUUACCUUCCACCCUGGAAGUCGACCGUUUCCGACGCAUACGCGUACGUCGGCGGAAUGGUGAAUCUGACGUGCGAGGCGACGGCCGAACCUCCGGCCAACUUCAGCUGGUCGGCCAACAACAAAAAGCUCACGCCCAAAAGCCACAUCAUCCACACCGGCCGGCAUGUGUCGAUGCUGCAGAUCUUGAUAAAAACGAGCAGCUUGUUCGGGAAGUACAAGUGUGAGGCAAAGAACGAGCUCGGGUCGGUGUCGCAGGAGAUCCACUUGAAGGAGGGCUCCAAGCCGGAUCCACCGAGUCUGUUCCAGCUGCGCGGCGUCAACUCGGACACGCUCGACAUCGACGUGGGAGCCACCAAGUCCCACGACAUCCCGCCCGAUCCGACCACCGUCAUCGGCUACCGCUUCGAGCUGAUGCCCACGGACGAGUACAUGAAGUCCCGCUCGUGGGACCAGGCGAGCCGACGUGACUUCGACGUGGCCGACGGUGCCACCUAUCUGCUGGUGCAGCUGAUCCCCGACACCAAGUACCUCAUCCGCGUGGCCGCCCGCAACGCCGCCGGCCUCAGCGAUUGGACCGAGGUGAAGGAGUUCUCCACUCAUCCGCUGCAACCGCACGGCACCAGCGGCGCCAGCGGGUCCCAUCUGCCCACCGACGUGUGCUUCAAGUUCCUCUGGCUGCUGACGGCGUUCCCGACGGCUUUAUCCAUCACGCGCCACCGGCUGGCGGCCAUGCUGCUGGGUUAG